CGCGGUUUCCAACUCCUUAUAAGAUUGUGGUGUGUAAUAUUUCUCGCAAAUAAAAACGUUGAAAGCAGAAUGUCAACAUCGUACAGCUCAUGAUAAGCUAAACAACGGAAGACAAUUACAUACAAAACUUUAAAGUGUUAAAAUUUAUCGUUAAAUUCACUUGACAUUUUACAAGACGAAAGAAUGUGGCUGUUAAGCUUGCUAUCUUUGGAUUGGGCUUUUACUGGAUUGAUAAUGGUAUUUGUAUUUUACUUGACUUCAGUGUACUUGAAGGACAGGCGGAUUCGAUCAUUUUUACCACCAGGCCCAGUGGCUUGGCCUUUAGUUGGAAAUCUGCCUCAAAUCAUUGGACAGGACUUGCAUAUAGCUCUGACAAAUCUUGCCGAAACUUACGGGAAUCUAGUCUGGAUGAAAAUGGGUAGUGAAAACGUUCUAGUGGUGAAUAAUAUGGACGCAGCAGUAGCUAGUCUGGUCCGACAAGGAAAAAUCUUCUCCGGACGACCGCGAAAAAGGAAGACGGUGGAAGUUCUCUUGGGUGAAGGCCGAGACAUUGUGAUGAAUGAUGUUCUUCCUGAGUUAAAGAUUCACCGACGUAUUGUCCACUCUUUUUUAUCAUCACAGACUCAUUCCGAUAAGGACAGACUAAAAAACAUCAUUCUGAACGAAUCGAAAAGUUUGGAGGAGAAAAUGAAAACGUUUUCGGAUGACAAUGAAUCGUUUGACCCGAAGUUUCAAGUAGCAAGGGUCGUGGCCAACGUCUUAUGUCAGUGUAUCCUCAGUAGGCGAUUCGAUGAUGUUGAUGAACAAUUUCAUGAGCAGCUGAGGAUCGUUCAAGACAUUGUGGACAAUAUCGAAAGUUUUAAUAUUGUCGAUGUCAUCCCAUGGUUAGAGCAUUUUCCUAUUCCUAGCUGGCGGCGGUUCCUUACUAGUCUGGAGAAGAAAGAUAUUUGGAUUAACCAAGUCAUCAGAGAACACAGAGAAACACGCACUGAGGAGAAACACAGAGACUUAGUGGACAUAAUGCUAAACAUUCAGAAAGAGGCUAUAGAAUCAGGGGACGAGGAGGAGAUCCGAUUACUCUCAGACAAAAACAUAGGUCACAUUGUUCACGAACUGUUUGGCGGGGGUAUAGAGUCCACCACAAUGACCAUUCUUUGGUUGAUGAUGUACCUGAUUCACAAUCCUCAGUGGCAAGAAAAAAUAUAUGAAGAAAUCCACGACAAUACAGAAGCUGGAGAACUGCCUUCUCCCUUUAAUCGGUCGAAUUAUCCGUUGUUAGAAGCAACUGUGAAGGAGACACUGCGCAUGGCUUCCAUACUUCCGGUGGGAUUUCCUCACAGAACAUUGAGAGAUACAGAACUUAAUGGAUACUACAUACCGGCCAACACCAUGGUACUUAUGAAUAUCUGGGCGAUACAUCAUGACAAAAAUGCAUGGAAAGACCCAGACACCUUCAAUCCAGAACGUUUCUUGCAUGGAAAUGCAGAAGAACGCUACAGUUACCUGCCCUUUGGAAUCGGACAUCGCGUGUGUCUCGGAUCCAACAUUGCCAAAAUGUCUGUUUUCUCUUUCUGUGCUACUCUAAUAAAAAACUACCGCAUCACGGUCCCGGAGGGCGCACCUUUGCCGGAUAUGAAACCAAAUGCGGGGCUGACAAACAGACCUAAACCUUUUGAAAUCAAGCUUAUCAAACGCUGCUGAGCCUCAUUAAGCGGUGUUUUCCCUUUAAAUUCCGGUGAAAGAUUUGAAGACAUCAUCCAAUUCCAAAGUGCUUUACAUUUCAAAAGGAACCCAGUAGCAUUCCUUAAGUGUCCGACACUUUCCCCACAGAAAUCCAGAAGGUUGACAGUAAAUUCUUACUUUCGUUACUGAACAGCAAAGGGCAGCAUUUAUAUUUAUUUAUUCUUUGUACAUGUUAUAAAUACUUUAAGAUUACCUACAUUGAUAUUUGAUGUUAUGUAUUAUUGUUGUCAAAAUGUUUCAUAAUUUAUUACUGUGCUAUGUUCAAUUACGUUGUAUAAUUUUUUGUAAAGCUUGCAUUUUGCAUUAAUAUAUAUAUAUAUAUAUAUAUAUAUAUAUAUAUAUAUAUAUAUAUAUUUUAAAAUAUUUUUAACGUUAAAUUUCUCAGAGUCACACACUAUUUGCAAUAUUUUUUAAUGAUGUAAAAAUCUUAUUUCAAUGAUUAUAAGUAUAAAAUGUUAUAUUUUGUUUUAACCAAAGAAGGUUGGAAGUGUUAUAAUGCCACAAGCUUUUUACUCAUUGUUUGUCCAUAUCGAUCAUUUUUCAUCACCUGCAUUUCAUAUUAUAAUGUUAUUUAUUGUUGUUAAUAUAUUUGAAUAAAAAUAUUGUAAUGAA